CCCACUGUAGUAUGCAGAAGGAAGAUCCAUUGUUUCCCCCUCUACAGGGUCAUCUUCCUCCAGAGCCGUGGCCUCUUGUUAGUCCCGCAACUGGCGAGGUUUUACGCUACGCCAAAAUUAUUGCAGCUUAUCAAAGCCGCACUGAGUGGUUAGUUUAGUCAGAAACCCCAUCUUUCUUUUUCUCCACAAUUCAAUCCUGCUCUUUUUUUAUCCCACUCUCGACCUCUUUCCGAUUUCUCUGCUUAUGGUGAAUGCUCGAUGUGAUGCUUUCCAGUGGAAUGAGUCGUUUCUGCUGAGGGGUUUCGCGCUUCGGGGUCUUCUCUGAUGUAUGGGUUUUCUCUCGAUUGGUGGGAUUCGGAAGAGAACAGUAGUGGUAUGAACGUUGCUGCCCCUUCCCUUUGCGAUUGUGUUUCUGAGCAGGUGAAAUCUGGCAUUUCGGCGGUUUAGUCUCUGAUUUUGGAGUGGUUGAUUAGGUUUAAGUGCAGCAGAUCUAUUCAUUCUUGAUUUUGAUUUAGGUUUCUUUCAUGGUAAAAGGAGGGCAGUCGGUGUUGAAUAAUUGGGGGAUGCUCAUUUUGCUGAAUGAAUAGCAGAAAUGGAUCUGUGGGUUGUUGGAGCCGCUGCAGCUGCUGGGUACAUAGCCAAACAUUGGCAAAAUAAUUCCAAGUCUGUACCGGAUUCAUCUAGUGAGGUUUUAACAUAUGAUAAACCUGAAAGUCCUAGCUGUCCCAUAAGCAGAUUAAUUCACAGGAAGAUAUUUUCAAAAGAUAGUGUCACUGGUGGAAGAAGGACAGACUCCGAUGACAGAUUCUCGGAUGUCUAUUCUGUAGAUGGUCAUUCAGAACCCGAAGCAGUUUCUUCUAGCAAUUAUGUGGAAAAGCCCGGAGGCUCAGGAGAUUAUCAGGAUUGGAAUGCACCUCUAGGGCCAUUCAUUCAACCAGGAUUCUCAAUGGUUGGGAAUAUGAAAAACAUUGUGGGUGCCUGUGACUCAAGUUCUGACACAAUUAACUAUCCCUCUCAGCAUUGUAGUAAUGGAAUGGACUUCAAUAGUCGUUCUGGGAGGAAUAGAAGUUCUCUGAGAAAAAGAUAUCCUCGAACUCAUUAUAUUAAACCUAUAAAUUCUCUUGAAAGUUGCCUUGUGACUCAGUUAUGGAACGAUCACACUGAAACAGAAGAGUAUGUGUUUGGUCCCCUUCCAUCACCUUCUACACCUAUGAGACCAUUACUUGUAACCAAUGGAAGUCAAAUAAUUAGCAGAUCCUGUCUCAAAUCGCGGUGUGUGAAUUAUACAAGUGGAGAGUGCAACGAAGAAGCAAUUGUGUGUGGGGUUCCUUCAUUACCUAAAAUCGGGACUUCGAAACCUGGACAGAAGAUACAGUCUGGGAGAGGCAAGGAGUGCAGUCAAAAGCUAACCAGCUUUGAUAAACAGAGGAGAAGCAGCAUAAGUCAUUCACUAAAUGGUUCAAUUGGUGAAAACGUUUCAUUCUUUCUUGGGAUUUCUAUUGGUGUAAUUUCUUCUCUUGUGGCUAACAAAAGGGAAGUUGAGAAGCUAAAAGACUCUUUAAAGCUGACUCAGAAUCUGGUUCAAGAUCUACAGGAGGAACUUGAGAUGAAGGACUUGGUUACUGUGAAGGAGCUUGCGGCUAAUGAGAAUUAUAAAUCACAGGCUACCAGUGAGAAUUUCUCUGACAAGUCAGAUCCGAAAUUGCUUUUCCAUGCUCAAAAUGAGAACACAGAAUUGAACAAUGAGAACGCAAAGGCUCCAGAAUAUAUGAGUAAAAUUGAAGCAGAGCUUGAAGCUGAACUGGAGAUGUUGGGACUCAACAUGAAUGCAUCAAGUAUAGAGGGGAAAUUCUCAGGUCCUAUCGAUCUUGAUCCAGACUUUGUAGCAGAUUUUGCUCAUGGCGAACUGAAAGUUGACAUCAUCAGGGACGGUGAUGAUGCCAAUACUGAAACAGAAAAAGAUGCAAGUGGGGCCUCAACUACCCAUUCUGGAGACCAUGCAGUUUCACCCAAAGAGCUGAGCCUUCGUCUGCAUGAAGUCAUUCAAUCCAGGCUGGAAGCUCGAGUGAGGGAGCUCGAGAUAGACCUCGAGAGUAGCCAAAGAAAGGUGCACCAGCUUAUGGAAUCAGAAGAUCAUAGCCUUGUUUGGAGAUUGUCAAGCAGGGAGCUUAGAUACUCUUCUUCCGGGGAAGAUGGUAGUCCAGUUGUUGGUCAAGUUGGUGAUUUCAGCAGUGCCAAAAUGGCCCAACAACCACCUGUUGUUAUGAACCUUUCAGGGGAGGCUCUGGAUGCUUAUAACGAGGUAUAUGAAGAGCUCGGGAAGAUGAAUGAGUCAGUGGAGGAAGAGGAUGAUUCUCCGACAUCAUUUUAUGAGGACUUCACACAACAUAAAGAGGAAUUACUGGAAACAGAAGCACAGUACAGUGAUAAUAUUGCGAGUGAGGAAGAAAGUGAUUCGAAUGAGGAUAUGGAGGAAUUGAUUAAGCGCAUAGUGGAGAGGACAAAAAGAGGCUCUCCUGCAGUGGUGAAUGCACAAAUGAUGUUGAGUUCUAUUGACGAGAAAUUACGUUAUUGAACUGGGAAAAUUGAAGACAUGAAGUUUUGUACUGUGUACAGAGGGAUAUGUUUACACAAAACCAGUCUUCUUUAAGAUUGUGUUCCAUCCUUCAAACUGGAAGUAGUUUAAUGGAAGCGAGCUGAAAGCAUGGUAGGAUUGUUGUUAUAUCGAAGAUGUUGCUUGUUGUGGACGACAACUUUCUUCUAACAUUGUUAUAUGAUGUAAUUUUAGUGACAAUACACAAGGGUUGAUAUG